AAAUACUUCACUUUCUUCCCAAGUAGAAGGUUUUAUUUAAAAUAAAGCUGUUUAUUUGGCACUUCUGGGUGACCCUCUUUGAGAAACCACAGCAAUGGAUGGUUUUGGAGCCUUCCUUCGAAGAAACCAGUUCAUCCUCCUGGUGCUAUUUCUCUUGCACAUUCAGAGUCUGGGCCUGGAUAUCGAUGGUCAUCCUACCACUGAUGUCUGUGCCACACACACAAUUUCACCAGGACCCAAAGGAGAUGAUGGUGAAAGAGGAGAUCCAGGAGAGGAGGGAAAGCUUGGCAAGCUGGGACACAUGGGACCAAAGGGAAUUAAAGGAGAACUGGGUGAUAUAGGAGACCAGGGCAAUAUUGGCAAGACUGGACCAAUUGGCAAGAAGGGUGACAAAGGGGAAAAGGGUUUGCCUGGGAUACCUGGAGGAAAGGGCAAAGCAGGUACUGUCUGUGACUGUGGAAGAUACCGAAAAGUUGUUGGGCAACUAGAUAUUAGUGUUGCUAGACUAAAGACAUCUAUGAAGUUCGUCAAGAAUGUCAUAGCAGGGAUUAGGGAAACAGAAGAGAAAUUCUACUACAUUGUGCAGGAGGAAAAGAACUACAGGGAAUCUCUGACCCACUGCCGGAUCCGGGGUGGAAUGCUAGCCAUGCCAAAGGAUGAAGCUGCCAACACGCUCAUUGCUGACUAUGUUGCCAAGAGUGGCUUCUUCCGGGUGUUCAUUGGGGUGAAUGACCUUGAGAAAGAGGGACAAUAUGUUUUCACGGACAACACUCCACUGCAGAACUACAGCAACUGGAAGGAGGGGGAGCCCAGUGACCCCUAUGGUCAUGAGGACUGUGUGGAAAUGCUGAGCUCGGGCAGAUGGAAUGACACGGAGUGCCAUCUCACCAUGUACUUUGUCUGUGAGUUUGUCAAGAAGAAAAAGUAACUUACUACCCUCAUGCUACACAUUGGUUAUUUCUCUGUUACUAUCAUUGCCAUGUUUUUUGUCCAUUCAUUUCUUCGUAAUUAAACUAAAUUCAUCCUGACUCAUGACAAGUAGGAAAUGCUAAAUUGAGGCUUGGAAUCUCCAU